AUGUCUACCACGAAAGCAAAGCAAUCUCUCGUCGUCCUUGGAGCAGGUGUGCUUGGCCUAACGAUUGCGUACCUCGCUGCCCUGGACGACGAUGUCUCUUUUAAUAUCAGGGUCAUUGCUAGAGAACUGCCCGAAGACAUGGAUUCUCAAGGUUGGGCUAGUCCAUACGCUGGCGCUAAUUGGUCUCCCAUGGAACUUGGAGGCAAGGAUGAACGAAUCAGGAAGUGGGAGGAGAAAACUUUUAACAAGUUAUGGGACAUGAUCCCAACAGGGUUGGUUAAGCUAUUACCCACGAGGCUUUAUACCGCGCAAAGGGAAAAUAUUUCAGAUUUGUGGUGGAAAGACCUUGUGCAAAAUAUCAGGAUACUUUCCCCCUCUGACGUCCCUGAGCCAUUCAAAGCUGGAGUCGCAUUCGACACAGUUUCAGUCAAUCCAGCCGAAUAUCUUCCAUGGCUCCAAUCCGAACUGAUCUCCUGCGGAGUCACGUUUGAACGCAGAAAUGUGAGGAGUUUGGACGAGUUGAGGAGCCUGGUGGGGCCCGAUGGCAUUCUGGUAAAUGCGUCUUCGCUUGGUUCGAAAUCCAUUAUUGGAGUGGAAGACACAAAACUAUACCCCAUUCGCGGACAAACGAUCUUGGUACAUGCACCAGGUCUGCAGGAGUGUUUGCUUGUCAGGUCAGAGACCGAGGAAUCUACGUACAUCAUUCCCCGUCCUGGAAAAGGUCAACCUGACACUGCGAUCCUCGGUGGGACAUUCCAGUCCAGGAAUUGGGACACCUCUUUAGAUAUGCAGAUCGCGAGAGGAAUAUUUGAUCGCUGCGCCGUAUUGGCCCCUUGUUUAAAGAGUGCCGACUCGAGAAUCCUGAAACAUAAUGUUGGUUUAAGACCUGGAAGAGAAGAAGGGCCACGAGUCGAGCUAGAGCGAAUCGCGUUGCCCUUGCAAAGCACGCAUGACCUUAUUCCGUGGAAUGGGAAUCCCACAAGUGACCGUGACUGUGAACAAUCCAUGCUCGUUGCACAUGCUUAUGGUUUUGGACCGGCAGGUUUCCAGAGGUCCUGGGGUGCUGCAGAAGAAGUGCUGGGAUUGGUGAAGGCCCAAGUUGUUUUAAACCAUAAUAUCUAG